GAUUCGCGCGCAGACAAAUGGGGGACAGCGAUGAUGAAUUCGACAGGAGGCGUCGAGACAAGUUUCGAAGAGAGCGAAGUGACAUGGAGCGAUCCCGAGAGCGAGAAGAGAGGCGGCGCGACGACUGGCCCGACAGGGAUUGGGAGCGCGGGAGAGAGCGAAGACGUGACUACGAUCGUGGUCGCAGGGAGAGGUUUUCGCCGCCAAGACAUAUGAGCCCCCAGCACAAGCGCAUGAGGAGAGAUUGGGAUGACCACCGAGGCGAGCCAUACCGCUUCGAGCAGCCGUUCGGCGGAGGUGCAGCUCUGUUCCCAAGGGUUGGGCCUCAGGGGUGGCCUCCCGACAUCCCCCAACUGCCCAUGCAUCACGGAGCUCACCCGCUUCAGGGAAGGUUGGCGAUGGCGGAUCCUGACCUGCCGCCACCCGGACCUCCAACCAUGAGGAGCUUCAAGGACUUCCUACUGAAUACAGAGGACAGUGUGGAUGAGACGGAGGCGGUCAAGCGCUAUAAUCAGUACAAAGUGGACUUCCGGCGCCAGCAGCUGCAGGACUUUUUCAUCCAGCACAAAGAGCAGGAGUGGUUCCGCUCCAAAUACCACCCCGAGGACAUUGCAGCCCGGAAGGCGGAGUCUCUGGCCGCGCUCAAACGCCGUCUGGGCGUGUUUCUCUUUCUAUGGGACAACAAGUGGCUGGAUGACGUGUCGCUCGACAUGGAGCACACCACCGCCAUCAUCAAAGUGCUGGAUGCAGCCGUCAUCAAGAUGGAGGGUGGCACAGACUUGGACCUGAAGGUCCUGGAGCCCGCAGGGGAGCGCGCUGGUGCUGGCGAUUCGGUGCCGAAUCCGAGCAAAGAGCCGGCUGGCAGUGAGGCAGGGACGACCCGAAGCAAAGUGAGAAUAGUAAUAUUUUACAGAAUAACUCGACGAAGAAACGGUGCUGACGAUUUUACGCUUCAGAAGGAUGAGGAUGGCAAGCAGAACGGGGAAGAUGAGGAGGAGGAAGAAGAAGAAGAGGAAGAAGAGGAGGAGGAGGCGGAGCAGAAGGAAGAGGAGGAGGAGGCGGCUGCGAAGAAAACCCGAAAGAGGAAGCGCAGCAUGUCGGCCGACAGCGGCGAAGGCUCGGCCUCCGACUCCUCCCACUCUGAUGGCGAGAAGGAGCCCGCGUCGCCAGCCGUUCCCCGGCCGCUGCACCUCACCACCUCGCUCUUCAUCCGGAGCGUCCCGCCUGACGCCUCCAAAGAAGAGAUUGCUGCACUGUGUCGCAGGUACCCUGGCUUCCUGCGGGUGGCGGUGUCAGACCCUCAGCCAGAAAGGGGGUUCUUCCGACGGUGCUGGCUGACGUUCGACCGCGGCGUCAACAUCAAGGAGACGUGCUGGAACCUGCAGAAUAUUCGGCUCCGAGACUGCGAGCUGUCUCCAGUGGUCAACCGCGACUUGUGUCGGCGCGUCCGCAGCGUCAACGGGUUGACUCAGCACAAGCCUGUGGCGAGGAACGACGUCCGCCUGGCCGCCAGGCUGGUGCACACGCUGGACCAGAGAGCGGAGCUGUGGCAAGACCAGGUGAGACUUCCCGUUAGAAGCAACCCCCUCGCCAUCGCUUCCUGCUUGACUCUAAAUCCACACGUGAAUGCGCCACCACAGACGGACACCAACCCGGUCCUAAAGAACAUCACCGAUUACCUCAUCGAGGAGGUGAGCGCCGAAGAGGAGGAGCUGACGGGCGGCGAGGCGGGCGACGCCAAAGACGCCGCCCCGUCCUCGGAGGUUACAGUAGAGACGGAUAAAACCUUGUUAAAGGUGCUGGACACACUGCUGCUCUACUUGCGUGUGGUCCACUCUGUGGACUACUACAACUUCUGCCAGUAUCCCGCCGAGGACCACAUGCCCCAUCGCUGCGGACUGAUCCAUGUGCGAGGACCUCUGCCCGUGGCCAAGAUCACGGCGACUGAAGUGAGUGAACACCUGAAGAUGUGCGAGGAGCGUCUGGCUCCUCUGCUGAGUCCGCCCGAAGUGUUGAGCACGGAAGACGCCGUGCGCCUGGGGAAGAAAGACCCGGAACAGGAAGUGGAGAAGUUCCUGGCGGCCAACACUCAGGAGCUCAGCAAAGACAAGUGGCUGUGUCCUCUGAGCGGCAAGAAAUUUAAAGCGCCCGAGUUUGUGCGUAAACACAUCCUCAACAAACACGGCGACAAGGUGGACGCCGUCAGACAGGAAGUGGAUUACUUCAACAACUACUUGUUGGAUGCGAAGAGACCAGCACUGCCUGAGAACAAACCCCCGCCACCCCCACCUCAGGCACCGCCCGCCAGCUUUCCCGCUCAGUCGCCUCAACAGCAAAGCCUUCUGGGAUACCCGCCCGCCAUCAGGCCACUGCUGCCCACCUUCCCCGGCAUUCCUCCUUACCCCGCCAACCAAUUUGGGGCCGGUCGCGGUCAUUACGACAACUUCAGGGGCAACUUGGGCUUCCCGGGGAAACAUCCAAACAACAGGGGAAUGCGAGGAGACCCGCGCUCCAUCAUCGAGUACAGAGACCUGGAUGCCCCGGAUGACCUGGACUUCUUUUAAACAACAGGCAACCUUGCUUCCCAGGAUUUACUCUGUACUUCUUUUUUUUUUUUUGUGUGUGUGCGUUGACUGAGUGCGUGCGGCGUUCCUUCCAGCUGGACCAAGGUUACUUUUGCAAGUCAUGAUGUCAUAAUAAAGAAAAACAAUAACCACA